AUGCCUGAGACUGUUGUUGUAGGAAGAACCAGAUUCGAAUGCGAAAGGAAUUUGAAUGACUCCAUAAAAAAUAUUAAAAUCAAAGAUGCAAAUUUAUUUGACGCGUAUGUUCAUCUUUGUACGAAAAAAAACCAAAAUGUUUUUGAUUCAAAAAAUUUGUCAUCCAUCAAUCACGAUGGAAUUGAAAAAGUGUGGACGGGAUGUCACGCAAGUCCCCACCCCCUCGCCACAAAGUGCCACAAAUUUCCUGACCCUCUUUCUCGUAGGCAUAUAUGCAAAUGUCCUCUGUUUCAGGUUAUGAAAUGUUACACAUCUGCCAUUCGAGAGCUCACCGACGUCCAGCAGAAACAACGUACACUUACAAACUUCAACAAGAUAUUAUUUCCAAAGAGUGAAUCCCCUUUCUUUGCCUUUCAUUUCACCUUUCUCAUCAUCUUCGUCAUCCUAACUUCAAACUCCGCCGAUUCUCUACCUGUCGAUGAAACUGCACCAGAUAGCCGAGAUGGGCAUAAGCUCACUGUUAGUGACGAAAGUGAACUUCAGAUUAACGAGAUAUUUCUACUUGAAAAUUGGCUAGAAAGAGGAAAAAGACGUACAAUGGAAGAUAAAAAACGUAGAGAGGAAGAUAAGAGACGUAGAGAGGAAGAUGAAAAACGUAAAGAGGAAAAUAAACAACUAUGGUCGAUAUUUGGACAUCAAUAUUGA